GCACGAGGACUGUGUGACGAGUAACUGUCCGGUGGGACAACUUGGGACCGCGCGUCAAUUCUUUGCGUUUAGUCGGUUUUUAACGGAUUUUAAAGCUUCAUUAUUUUCCCCUCAGAACUGACUGACGUCAACAGAAUAAAAGGGGUUUAAUGUGUAUGAGGUCCUCACCCCACCACCUUCAGGGAUCAUGCCCUGUCUCCAUAGCAACUUCUGGCCCCAGGUUGGCCCAGAGUGAGUUUGGGUCAAACCAGGCCUGACGUGGACCAGACCAGGCUGAGGUGGGCCUGAAGCAGGCCAGAGUCAAGCAGAGACAUCAUGCACCAGCUGUUUGGCCUGGUUCUCGGCCAGAGGGACCUGUCGCGGGCUGGAGACCUCUUCUCCCUGGAAGACUCUGAGAUAGAGGACUGUCUCUCACAGGCCCUGGAGGAAAUCAAGGCUAUCUCCUGCUCUCCUGACUACCUGACCAAUGACAAUGACCAGGCGGUGGUGGAGAUCUGCAUCACGCGCAUCACCACGGCGAUCAGGGAGACGAGGUCCAUCGAGCGCCAUGGGGGGGCGUUAGUGAGUCUGUGGGAGUCCUGUCUGGAACACAACCUCACCCCCCAGGGCAAAGACGAAGACACACCCCAUGCCAAGAUAGCCUCCGACAUCACCAGCUGUAUGCUGCAGAACUACAGUCGUCCCCCAGUGAUGGCUCUAGCAGUGCCGGUGGCAGUGAGGUUUCUGCAGAGAGGCAACAAAGAGCUCAGUAGGAACAUGUCCAGUUAUCUCUCUCUGACUGCCAUGGAUAAGGCUGAACUACUGGCUGAACACACAGAGGCUAUCACCUGCAGCGUGCUGGGAGGUAACCACAUGCUCCUACGCGUGUUGCCGUCCGUCUACCCCAAACUGCCCCAUGCCAUCCAUCGUCACCUAGGCAACCUGACGGCCAUGAUGUCACAGCUCGAGUCACCGGAGCAACAACACCUGCUGAGGCUGAUCCAGAUGGUCGCCGAGCAACAGCCACAGGUGCUGAGCCCCCUGGUGCCCUCCCUGGUUGGUUACCUAGGCGAUGCCUCUCUGAACGAGACCCUACUGGGUGCACUGGUGUACGUGUCACAGGCUAGCCCCGCCUCCAUGGCCCCAUUCCUGCCCGCGCUGAGGGUUGUGGGUCAGCAGUACCCGGUCCUGCUGGGACACGUGGUUAAAAUACACAGAGCUGUGGGCUUGACCAGUGAGUGUCAGGCCCGUAGCUCCCUGGUGUACCUAGUUUCUCUACUGGGCAGUAUGGAUCACAGCUUCCACCACACUCUCCUGCUGGAGAUCAGAGCCCUGACUGACAGAUACACCUCCAUCCUGGGAGGCUGUGCCAAAGACAUCUACAGGAUGAGUAACAGCUUCACCUCCAUAGCCAGACUACUGGGUAGAAGACUGGAGACAGACACUACUAUCAACUGCAGGGUUGAAGAGGAAUCAGAAGGCCCUCCUUCCCCUUGUAUCUCAGAGGCCAGUGUGUGUGGGGGUGCAGGGGGGUGUGGAGGGGGAUCAGAGCAGCGACUGCAGGUGAAGAUCCAGGCAUUUGAGGAGAAGAUGGGGGAGGAGGGGGGAGAGGGCUCACCUACACCCCAACGCAGAAACAGCAUGGGACAAGCCACUAGAGAGAAACACAGAGAGAUGAGGUUUAACAGGUCAAAGAGUCUGGCUCUGCAAGCCGUGAGGUCACGGUCCGUCAACUCUGACAGCGGUCAGGAUGGAGAAGGGGUGGAGCUAACAUCUGACGCAUUCCUCUCAGAAUCCCCACCCAAUCAGCAAACAGAAGCCUUAGAUACCUCUCCCACUGAGAGGAAACUAACCAAUGAGAACUCCCUGUCUCCCUCCACCCCUCCCGCCAUGCCCCGUGAGGAACAGAGGGAUGGACAGGGAGAGGGGGAAGGAGGGAGAGGAGGAGGAAUAGGAGAGUGGAAAGAGGACAAGCUGUACAGCCACCUGAGGGACAACAUGGAGAAGAUCAAAGAGUUCUGUUCUGAGAUGGUUCAACAGAUCCCCAUACCAGAGCACUGUGUCAUAGAAGACUCGAGCCAGGGAAGUGUGGCGAAGCUGUCGUUCUCGUGCCCUCUGAAGGGACGUUACUGUCUCUAUACCAAGUCCUGUUUCACCCUCACCAGCCUCCAGCCACACCUCUGGAUCAACAUCAUGCUGCUUCACCUACAGAGUCAGCACAGCGCUCCUCUCUCCUCUCUGGAUGACAGUGUGCGGAGGUUGGGGAGACUGUGGGAGGGGACCCAGCUAAAAGGAGCUCACAGCUUCUCCAUGACCCAACAGCCCACUCCACACAGAAAGGACCUGGAUAGUCUGCAGAUCCAUCUGCAGGAGGUGCGUUUCUUUCACCUGUUUGGAUUCAGUGAAGAGGAGGGCAGCUGGCUCUGCUAUAUGUGCACAAACCCAGAGAAGGCCACAGUGGUGAACGAGGAUGGCCAGCCGCUGAUAGAGGGGAAACUGAAGGAGAAGCAGGUUCGCUGGAAGUUCAUCAAACGCUGGAAGACUCGCUACUUCACCCUGGCAGGAAACCAACUCCACUUCCGGAAGGGAAAAUCAAAAGAUGAGCCAGACGACAGCACCAUCGAGCUGAGCAAAGUGCAGAGCGUCAAGGUGGUGGCUAAGAAGCGACGUGAGCGGGGUCUCCCUCGGGCCUUUGAGAUCUUCACGGAUAGUAAGACGUACGUCCUGAAGGCUCGUGAUGAGAAGCAUGCUGAGGAGUGGCUCCAGUGUAUUAAUGUUGCCGUGGCCCAGGCCAGAGAGAGAGAGAACAGAGAGGCCACCACCUACCUGUGACCUUGUAACCUGGAAGAUAUUCUACUGUGACCCGUUCCUGACCCAGAAACACAACACACAUCCCCGCACUACUGAACCAUCGACUAACAACAGUCCUGUGAUGUCCACUGUUUCUGAUCAUCUGACAGUCCUCCGAUAUCAUCGUAGCGUCCACAUUAAUGUAGUACUGUUUAGAAACAUAUUUUAUUCUUAUUUACAAUAAAAGUGAUUACAAAAUGACACACUACAUUAUGAUUAGCAGUCAUUUCUAUUGGGCACAAAAUAAUCGGAGAACUUUGAAUUUGUCCCAGUACCUUUUGGUCCCCUAAAAUGGUGGGGGGCUAUGUACAAAAAGUGCUAUAAUUUCGAAUAGGUUGACCCGAUAUAGAUGAAAAUCUCCUUAAAUUAAAGCUGAUGGUCUGCACGUUCACCUAAUAGUCAUUGUAUCAAAGCCAAAGUGCUGUAGUACAGAGGCAAAACAACAACACAAUUGUCACUGUCCCAAUAUUUUUGGAGCUCACUGUAUGUCAUAUUUGAUAAAUGAACAGACUAGUCCCCUGGAGGUCUUUAGCAGAGGCUCAGAACAACAGGGGUGGAUAUCGGUCACACUGCUGGGGGCUGUGCGUUCUCUCUAUUUCCAGGAAACAUGUUUCUAUGGAGAAACACAUUUAUUGGCAAAGCUAUCGUCUUUGUAUUCUCGCUUUUUUCAUCCAAAAAAAAGAGCUUGGUGUGUGUGUGUAUGUGUGUGUGUGUGUGUGUGUGUGUGUGUGUGUGUGUGUGUGUGUGUGUGUGUGUGUGUGUGUGUGUGUGUGUGUGUGUGUGUGUGUGUGUGUGUGUUUACAAUGACAAGCAUCGUUGACAAUUCUGACAUGUCCCUGAAUAAAUACAUUAAACCUGUUGUUUGCAGAACUGGCUCUCAUCACAGUGGAAACUUCAUUUAAAAACACAAAUAAAUGUCAACCCCAGA